AAAAAGUGUCUGACAGCGCGUCAUGUGACUUUUCCUCAUGGUCUCCAACAGAGACAGUUCAGACACUCGGAGACCGAGAGAGGAAGGAGUCAGACACCGACCACAAGAGACAAGUUUAAGUUCACCAUCAUGGCCCUGCGGGACGAACUUUUAAAGUCUAUCUGGCACGCGUUCACCGCACUGGACGUGGACAAAAGCGGGAAAGUCUCCAAAUCUCAGCUGAAGGUGCUGUCCCACAACUUGUGCACAGUGAUGAAGAUCCCGCAUGACCCUGUUGCGCUGGAGGAGCACUUUAAAGACGACGAUGAGGGUCCCGUCUCCACCCAGGGAUACAUGCCGUACUUGAACAAGUUCAUCCUGGAUAAGGUCAGCCUACACCGACUCUCGCUGGAAUAACACUUCAUAGUACUA